CGACAAUGCCAGUCGAGACCACGAUAUCGACGCCCCUGCCGGGCGGGGUCGACCCGGAGGCCGUGGUGGCACUGCUGCACAACCACGAGGCGUACAUCCGGACGACGUGCCCGCAGCUGAUCUCGUACGCGCGGGUAUCGGGGCCGUCGCCAGCGGGUCUAGGCGAGCCGGUCCUAUUCGAGGUCGUGGACCGGCGGCCGACGGGGCAGACGACGUAUAAAAUGACGUUGACGAACCACGCGGAAGGCAUCGACUCCCUGGUCGACGGCAAAGCGCCGACGGGAACGAUGGCCGUGCGCGCGCGGUGGCGGGUCAGGGGCGAGACCGGGCUGCUGGAGGAAGAGAUCGAGAUCGAUAGUAAUAUGAUCACGAAGAAGAUGGUCAAGGGCAACAUCGAGAAGGGCCACCCGGAGCACCAUCGGACAUUUCUGGCGGAGGCGGCAGCUAGGGCUUAGAGGAAAUGGGGCGAGGACGGGAAGGACGGGAAGUGGGUUUUUGUGAUACAUACAUGAGUGAUGCUGAAGCUUACAAGGGAGUGAAUUUUUGAGGGUCGGCGCACGUGGGAAUUGGGUCUGGUGGGAUUUUAUGAGUACAUAAAUAUGGAUGUCACGAUCUUCCCAGGGAUGAGGAAAAAAAAGAAAGUAGAACGACGAGCAAAUCUAUUCGUUAACGUGGAAUUCAUCGUGGACCCCCUCGGGAAAUAAAA